CAACACAGGCGCAGCCUCAAAGAAGCUACGGGACACAUCAAGACAGCGCAAGAAAGUUUGGUUGGCCGCCAACGCCGCUCUCGUCGGCGGCUCGCCAUUCCUGUAGACCAGUAGCCCAAAAGCCACCUGUCCCCUACUGGGGCUAAUGCACAGCAAGCAGCGAAAAGAAAAUUCCUGGCCGAACCACUGACGUCGUGAGCAGUCCCUGUAUUGAUCUUCCUUUGAAACUUGUCUUAGGUCGCGCGUCCUGAAGUGUCUUUAUUACUCACCGCUCUGCCCUAGCUCACUAUUCUGCUCUUACAACAGCGUUAGUAUUGCAGGGUCCGCUUCACCAGGACACAUUUUCGGAUUUUAGGUCGACCCGCAUUGCAUUGACGAGGGCAGUCCUGGAUCCUUCACCGCGCCACUGCGACUCACCUACAGCAAGCUACACGUCGACCAGAGCUUCACUCUACACUGCGCGACGGUGCAAUUGCGACAAUAUCGCCAGCCAUGGAGGCCGCACCACCAAAAGCCGCAGAACUGACCCCGCCGGCCUCGGCUUCAUCUGCAACUGACGCGCCCGCAAUCGCAUCCCCGCCGCCCACAACCACAGCACCUGCCUCCACAGCACCUGUCUCCACCGUCGCUGCCCCUCCGACGCCUGCUCUCUCUGUGCCAAAGGUCUCCACCUCUGCGGAUACGUCAAAUACGGUGUCGCCGCCAUUUUCGCCCAGCAGCACCACGCCGGUCCUGGAGAAGGAGGAGCUCGACUUCACAGGCAAUGUCGAGGUGAACGAUGACAUACCGACAGAGACGGACCUAAGGAGGGUGGCAGACCUGUUGGUGCUGGAUGCCCAGGGCGAGUCCAGGCCGUUCAAGACGCUAUAUGAGGGUCAAGGUGUUGCGCCGCGACAACUGAUAAUCUUCGUCAGGCAUUUCUUCUGCGGGAACUGCCAGGAAUAUCUCCGCACACUCUCAUCGUCCAUAAGCCCGGAAGCCCUCCUCUCCCUCCCUGACCCCACCUUCAUCACCGUCAUCGGCUGCGGCCGCCCUGAGCUCAUUGACAUGUACAUUGAAGCGACCUCGUGCCCCUUCCCUGUCUAUGCAGACCCCACCCGGAAAUUGUACGAUCUGCUCGGCAUGACGCGCACGCUGGAUCUGGGUAAGAGGAAGCCCAACUAUAUCCAGUCCAACAUCUUCUUCACCUCGGUACAGUCCAUCAUGCAGGGCUUGAAGACAGGCGGCAAGGCACUGAAGGGAGGAGACAUCAAGCAAGUCGGCGGCGAGUUCUUGUUCGAGCACGGCAAGUGCGUCUGGGCGCAUAGGAUGCGGAAUACUAGGGAUCAUGCCGAGAUCCCCGACCUGCGACGCGUGUUAGGGCUCGAUGACACGAAAAUCCCCAUUCGCAAGCGCUGGAGCCACGGCAUCAAGGAGCUUAGGUCGGGGAAGCAGCGGAGUUCGAGCUGGGGACGGGCGCGGAGCAAGAGCAAGGGUGCGAAGGAGGAGAAGGAGGAGAAGGGGGAGAAGGAGGAGGAGGAGAAAGAGGAGAAAGGGACUGCGGAGAAGGCUGGCGAGGAGAGGGUGGGACUUAGUAGUCGACCGACCGUGUGAACUGGGCUGAUUGUGUCGUGAAAUGACAUCGGACCGAUUGAAGCGUGGGAUUGGGGGAGGGGGUAAAGCAUGGUGGACGUUUCACAUUGAGAAGCUUCGACGGGUCGUGUGCACUGGCGAGUACCAUUCAUGAAGGGCAAGCAUGGCGUAGAUGUGCAACGGAUGGUGCAUUUUUGGCGUUAAUGAGUUCAAUAUC